UGAGCAUAUAGGAGGGCUGGUUGGGUCGUGGCGGUAGUUAUUGUAAGAUAUCAAACACAUGUGAAAGUUAUUUGGCCUCUUAUCUUCUCCUUUCACUUCCCAUUUUCAUUUCCAUUUGUGCCAGUUAUAGGAUGCCUCCGCAAAAACAUCCGGCGGUGCACUCGAUCCCCUGCCAUGCCCUGACCCGGCUGGCCCGGGAGUGGCUGGCGGAGGACUCGCCGAACUUGGACCCGGCGGGCGUGUGUGUUGGCUCGCAGGAAGUGGAGGCGAGGCUGCUGUGCAAGACGCCGAACAGCAUCCUGGCAGGAAGCCCCUUCUUCACCGCCGUGUUCGCCGAGGUGGGCUGCACCGUCGACUGGAUCCACCAGGAGGGAGCCGACAUCGGUCCAGGUGCUGUCACCCUGACCGCUGUAGUGAGAGGCCCAGCCAGGUGCCUCCUCCUGGGGGAAAGGCCGGCUCUCAACUGCCUGGCCCGGGCCUCAGGGAUCGCCACCCGAUGCUCUCGGCUCCGGGCGACGGCGGAGGCAGCAGGCUGGCAGGGCGAGGUGGCCGGUACUCGCAAGACCACGCCGGGCUUCCGGGUGGUGGAGAAGUACGCCAUGCUGGUGGGCGGAGCCUCCACGCACCGGCACGACCUGAGCGGGAUGGUGAUGCUGAAGGACAACCACGUGUGGGCGUCCGGAAGCAUCACGGAGGCAGUGAAAGCCUCCCGCUCGGUUUGUGGCUUCAGCAGUAAGAUCGAGGUGGAGUGUCGCUCUGCAGACGAGGCCAGAGAGGCAGCGGCAGCCGGCGCCGAUAUCAUCAUGCUGGACAACUUUCAGCCUCAGGAGCUCCACGUCGCAGCUCGGGCCCUGAAGCAGCAGUUUCCAGCUGUUCUCAUAGAAGCCAGCGGCGGCGUCGAUCCAGAGAACUUAUCCUCGUUUUUAUCUCCUCACGUGGACGUCGUCUCUCUGGGCUGCAUCACUCAGGGCUGCCCGGUGGUGGACUUCUCCCUCAAGGUCCAGAAGCCUGCUGCUCGAUGAUUACAUUAAAAAAAAUGUUGUGAGAUGUUGUUCUGAUAAAGACGUCAGACUUUGCUUUUUUUAGUGUGUUCGUUUAUUUCCAGGAAACACCUGUGGUUGCAGGUGAACCACGAGCAGUUUCUGUUGUACUGCACAUCCAGGGAAGCAGCACAACCAGCAGUGAAAACAACUCCGACAUGUCUUCUGCACCGUUUGACAGCUAUAAUUUCAUAAAUCAUCAGAAAGAAUAAA